AAUUUUACUGAUGCAAAGAUUUUGUAGAUCUGAGCGUCAUGUACAUAAUCAAUCAAUGAGAACAUGUUACAUAAGUUUUCUGUUAAAUAAUAGGACUUUCUCACUUGCAACAUGUGGGUAAACCACCGACAUAGCUGAAAAUAAUCAUUUCUGUUGCAACAGGAGCAUGGGCAUGGGUGUGGUCACCGCGUUUUCCCGCAUUGGCAGCAUAUCGGCUCCCUUCGUGACGCUCCUGGGCGAUGUCUGGCUGCCCCUCCCCAUGGUGACGUUUGGUGUGGCGGCGUGUGCAGGCGGUUUGGCUGUCUUCUUGCUCCCGGAAACACUUGGAGUCCCCCUGCCUGAAACUAUAGAGGAUGUGGAGAAUGGAAAGCCACAACAAAGCGACAACGACAGCUCUGCGAACUAUACAAACCCUCGGACCGAACAUGACCCCUUCAAAAACAUGAAACAUUUAUCGUUAGAUAACUUCCAUCCGUGGCCUCUUUCGGUAAGAAUCAAUUGAGAGCAAUGAGACAAAAGAGUAAACCAUCAUUUAUUUCUGUUACAUGGCGCCGAUUUUGCAGGUAGCCCUUGUCACUAAUGUCAUAAAUGUUACAUUUUCUUCCUAGACCUGUUUAUACAAAAAUAUUGUUAACUUGACUAAACCAUAGAUCGUGUUUAGAACGACCGCGUUGAUAUCGUAACAUUUAUUUUAGCCAUGGUUAUCUUGCAUCCAAUUUUUAAGUUUAAACUGUUGCUUUCCUCUCUUGGCUUGAAGAAAAUGUUUGAGAUAGAAACCUGUCUUAGCAAGUAGGUCAUCUAUAAAAUUUACUUGCUGUGGCCCAUCGAACAUACUCAGUUAGGCUAAUAUUUCUCUCUUUGUUAGUUACAUGUGUCUUAUGUUUGAGUAUCUGCUAUUAUGAUAUGAAGUAGGCUUUUAAACUGUCCUAAUUAUCUAUGCAAAUUAGCCCCUGACUUGUAUAAUAAAAUUUGAUUAUUCAUGUAAGGCAUCUCCAGAGCUAUCUCACUCAUUCGCUCGCUCACAGUUUAUAACAAAAACUGCAUUCCAAAUACCAUGACAAUCUGUGAACCCAAAUUAUUCCACUCCAACGGGAUGAUGCAACUACAUAGGCGCGGAAAAAUCCUGAAGAAUUCCGGACAAUUUUGCCAAUCGGACGUAUCAUAUACUGUUAGGCUAGCCCCUGAGAUGUCUAUAAAAACACCCUUAAACCACCACAUCCUCACCCAUUUCACGAAGGUUGAGUUCUGCGAACGCUUGUUUAUCAAUUUAUUUGGACUUGUAAAGUAGUGUAUCCAUUCUUCAGAAGUAAUAUUGGGAUCGCAAGUGUUUGAGUUGUGUUUUCCAUUGAUUUCUUUGUCUAAAUGUUUCAAAAGUGACCAAAACUCCUUUGGAUUGUUUUUGUUAAAUUCUUCCAAUUUUGCUAGAAGGUCGGAAUUGUACUUCUGUUUACGCUGUUUGAUGAGUUUCUUGUAAUCACGCAAAGCUGUGAAAUAUUUGCAUCUAAUUUCUUUUAGCCAGGGUUCUUUUUUCAAUGGCAGUGACAGUCUUUUUAAACGUUGGCGUGAAGACCAGCAGCAUUGAUCAAACCAAACUUUGUUUUUCUUACCGCUUUGUGCAGGUUUCUUUGUUUGUCUAUUUGGCUUUGUUUUCAAAGACUUCUUCGCUACAUCCAACAAUAACUCUGUGAAGUUUGUGACAGCCUUUUCUGUCGAACAGAAUGAUGUUUGGCAGAAGUUUUGAAAUUUUGAAAUUGUAUCUUUACUAUCUAAAAUGUUUGAUAUAUUGAUUUUGAUUCAUCUUUCCAAAUGAAUGCGGAUGGUUUAGGUUUUACCUGGUUAAUUGAUUUUUGAAAAUGAGCGGAGUAGUUUGUCGACAAUGAGAAGGAAACAUGGCAAUGGUCAGAAAAUUGGGUGAUUGGGCUAACAUUUACAUAUUGUACAUUGGAUAAUAGAGAAUUGCGCACAAUGCAAUAGUCGACAACACUAGAUCCUUAAAUGAAGUAAGACACGUUAUGCUUUGUUGUUAUCUCAGUUUCUUAAAUGAAGUUAGACACGUUAUGUUUUGUUGUUAUCUCAGUUUCUUAAAUAAAGUAAGACACGUUAUGUUUUGUUGUUAUCUUAGUUUCUUAAAUGAAGUAAGACACGUUAUGUUUUGUUGUUAUCUCAGUUUCUUAAAUGAAGUAAGACACGUUAUGUUUUGUUGUUAUCUCAGUUUCUUAGAUAAAGUAAGACACGUUAUGUUUUGUUGUUAUCUUAGUUUCUUAAAUGAAGUUAGACACGUUAUGUUUUGUUGUUAUCUUAGUUUCUUAAAUGAAGUAAGACACGUUAUGUUUUGUUGUUAUCUCAGUUUCUUAAAUGAAGUAAGACACGUUAUGUUUUGUUGUUAUCUCAGUUUCUUAAAUGAAGUAAGACACGUUAUGUUUUGUUGUUAUCUCAGUUUCUUAGAUAAAGUAAGAUACGUUAUGUUUUGUUGUUAUCUUAGUUUCUUAAAUGAAGUUAGACACGUUAUGUUUUAUUGUUAUCUCAGUUUCUUAAAUGAAGUAAGACACGUUAUGUUUUGUUGUUAUCUCAGUUUCUUAAAUGAAGUAAGACACGUUAUGUUUUAUUGUUAUCUCAGUUUCUUAAAUGAAGUAAGACACGUUAUGUUUUGUUGUUAUCUCAGUUUCUUAAAUGAAGUAAGACACGUUAUGUUUUGUUGUUAUGUCAGUUUCUUAAAUGAAGUAAGACACGUUAUGUUUUGUUGUUAUCUCAGUUUCUUAGAUAAAGUAAGACACGUUAUGUUUUGUUGUUAUCUUAGUUUCUUAAAUGAAGUUAGACACGUUAUGCUUUGUUGUUAUCUUAGUUUCUUAAAUGAAGUAAGACACGUUAUGUUUUGUUGUUAUCUCAGUUUCUUAAAUGAAGUAAGACACGUUAUGUUUUGUUGUUAUCUCAGUUUCUUAAAUGAAGUAAGACACGUUAUGUUUUGUUGUUAUCUCAGUUUCUUAGAUAAAGUAAGACACGUUAUGUUUUGUUGUUAUCUUAGUUUCUUAAAUGAAGUAAGACACGUUAUGUUUUAUUGUCUUUCUUGUUAUAUGUUAUUUGUUGUCUUUGUUUCCUACAGAACCCGUAUGAUUUUUAUUUAUGAAAAUCAGCACAUAUGACAUUUGUUUCAUAAUCAAACCUACCAAACCGGUUUUAUGUAACCACUUGAGAAAACGACGUCUGUCUAAAAUGUCGGACCGUUCAGUUCACAAAUUUAUACAGUUGCAUGAGCAGAUGCUUUUUAUUGAGGAUCUCAUUACUUGGAUGUAUGGAAAUACGUAAAAGUAGGGACUGACAAAGCAGAUACCCAAUGUGGAAAGUAACUUACAGUAAGUUACAUGGAAUGACACCGUUUUUUUUAAGUAAAGGCGUCUAGCUAGCGUCUGCUAUAAGUUAACAAUUGUGGUUUCUGUGCUGGAGCUGUUGCUUUAUAUUUCACUGUAGAUAUACAAGAAUCGUUAGCGUU